CCUCCCUGAUCCUUUAAUGAGUUCUACAGAACAGACAUCCUCCCUGUUACCCCUGACACCAGGUCACUAUCUCCCUCCCUACCCUCUAUCAGGCGCUAGACCACUCAACAUUAGACCUGAAUGGACUCUCCUUCGCUGUUUACUAAAUGUUAUUUAGUCUGGCAGUACCUUACCCAAACCCACCCUGGACAGGGUUCUGGUGGAAUGAUACAGUCCAAAACUCUUGUAUUUUAUUUGUAUCUGGCACCAGGUGAUAAUCCCAAACCUAAACCCAGUAAUGUGAUUUGAGUGCCUAUGUGCUAUCUCUGUAGACGCCAGCUUGUUUUUAACAAGGGGUGUUAGACAUAGAGGACUGACAAAUGCCUAGCCUGUAAUGUUGGCACGUGGUCAAGUUGCUCGUUCAUAGACAUGGAUAACUCCUUACCUGGCCAGUGAGGCCAUUAAAAACCCCCAGAACCAAGUUCUCAUAUUGCCAGUUUUCAGGCAAACACAUUUUGGGACUAACUUUCACUAAAAAGAAGAGGAUUUAAGGACUUGGUGGGAGUUAGCUGUUAAAGCAAUCACAGUAACAGAGUCGCCAUGGCAAUGACACUCUCUAACCUCUCAGUGACCACAAACUCAUCUGAAGAUCCAUGUGACUCCAUCUCCCCCUCUUUGCAUCAGAAUAAACUAAUCCCCACUAUCUACAGUGUCAUCUUUGUCAUGGGAUUCGUGGGAAAUGUGUUGGUGGUGUUCGUGUUGUGUCAAAAGUCCAACCGUAAAACGGUGGCCAACACCUACAUGGUCAACUUGGCUCUCUCUGAUCUGUUGUUCCUGGUCAGCCUGCCUUUCUGGGCGGUAUACUACUCCUUUGACUACAACUGGGUAUUUGGUGGGUUGAUGUGCAAGCUUUGUGGCAGCCUCAUCUCUGUGAAUGUCUACGCCAGUAUCUACUUCAUCACGUGCAUGAGUGUGGAUCGCUACAGAGCAAUUGUUUACCCGCUCCAGUCUCAGUGCAGCAGGAACCUGUGUCGGGCACGAGUGGUCAGCUGUGUGAUCUGGACCAUUGCUGGCCUCAUGACAAUCCCCACCGUGGCCUUCAGAGACACCCACUACCUGAAUGAGCUGAAGGUGACGGCCGCGCCGCUCAGCUACCCACCUGACCAGCCCUACUGGUUCCCUGGUCUGGCCCUGACCAAGAACAUUCUGGCUUUCCUGGUGCCCUUUGGCGUCAUUGCCAGCUGCUACUACCGCAUCGCCAAGCAUCUGGUCAUGGAACACUCCAGCCUGGACAAGAGCUCCAACAACCUGGAUCGUGUCAUGAAGAUGGUGGUGGCUGUGGUUCUGGCCUUCUUCAUCUGUUGGUUCCCCUUCCAUGUGCUCACCUUCCUGGAUGCCCUGAACAAACUAGGGCUGAUGCACAGCUGUUGGAUACGCCAGGCCAUCAUCGCCCUGAUGCCCUUCACUCUUUGUCUGGGCUUUUCCAACAGCGCCAUCAAUCCCUUUAUCUACUGCUUUGUGGGGAACCACUUUCGGGAGCUGCUGUGGCGGCUAUAUGCGGAGAAGGCUCCCAGUUUGUCCCAGAAAAGAGACUCCAUCAGCACCAGGCUCAGCUCCUUCUCCAGGAAGCUCAGUGACCUCAAGGACACAGGGCCUCUGGAGACUCUGGGCCAACGCAUUAGGGACCCAUAGUGGAGGGAGGUCAUCUGGCAGGGCUACCAGAAGCAUGUCUGUCGGAUGUGUACUAACUGACCCCAGGCAUCCUGCAUGAUCCCCAGGCCAGGCCUUGUCUCUAACGGUCAUUGACCCUAUGUCUACUGCCAAUCUGGAUCACCCUGUAGACUGGUCAAAGGGCAUCUAAACAUAUAGUUUAAAAGCUGGUUUGAUAUCCCAUUUGACUGUGAAAGAAAUUUUUGAUAAAAUAUAUUUCCUCACUAAAUCUAAAGUAUAUCUGUGCUGGGUAAACCUGAUGUUUUCUGAGAUUGACCGGCGAGUGUUUUUUACAACAUAACCUAAUUACAAUAAAGUAAUGUGCAUGUUGUUUUAAUUGUAUAUAAAUAACUGAAAGAUAUGUAUAUUUAACCAGCCUUUGGCAACCUUCUUCAAAUGUGAAACAUACACAUUUCUGCUGUAUAAUGUUUGACUCUUGAACUACAACAUUUAAUGUUUAACACUUUUGGAUAUAGUAAUUAAUAUUAUUUUCCAGUCACAUUUUGUAUUUUAAAAAGAAAUCCAUCUUGUAAUCCAUAUUUUGUGUUUGGAACAAAAUACUGUACUGGUCUAAAAAAAGUGGCGGUGGAAACAAGUGGUUUAAAAACUUCUGAAAGGCUGUUUCACUAUUAGCGUUGAUAUAGGCUCUGUUUUACUAUUAGAGUCAAUAUACUCGGCUCUGUUUUCAACUAUACUAUAAACAUCUAUGUAGGCUCUGUUUUUACUGUAAGCAUUUGAUGUAGGCUGUGUUCUACUGUAAGCACUCUUAGGCUCUGUUCUACUGCCACAUUGUGGUACCCUUAGAGAAGCACAGAUACAUAAGGGAAUAUACCAAUUAACAGCCUAGUGAAAACAUCAGCAUGUCCACAAAAUGGAGCUUGAUACAAUGUCCGGUGUUCUCAACAAAAUUAAGGCCUAUGUGUGAUUUCCUGUAGAUGUUAUUGCUAUGCAAGUGUGAGAGCUAUUCAGUGUUGACUGAUUUCAGUACGAUUGAGCAGAUGUUGGUUUAUCAUGGGGCUAUCAACAAGGCCACUACCGCAAAGAUCCUGGGUGCAGUGUGUAGACAGUGAGCGUCAUCCUAAGACCCACUGGCAAUGUGUUCUGUGAGUACUUGUAUUGUUCGUUACAUUAUAUAUUCCUGUCCUAUUUUGAUAAAGGGUAGACAGUUUUAAAAUGGACCAUGUUGUUUGAAUUUAGUUUAGUUUUGCAUUAAUGGUGUUACUUUGGAAACACUGAAGGCGGCGGUGGAUUACAAUUUUAGACUUAAUCAUCAGAUGGAUAUGACAUGCAUAUUUAAUAACUAGGUUACGUGCUUGUUUCUUCUUGUUUUUUCCUUUUCACUGAGUGCAGUCUACAGAAUAACAUAAAGAACUAUAAUGUACCAUACUGUACUAUUAAACCAACAAAAACAA